GUUGCGACGCAACGUUAUCGCGAUAAGACCAUUGCGGUUUCAUAUUUUUUCCGCGUUUUCAUUUCCUUCCUGCUGUUUUGAAAUUUUUCUGGGCGACAUAAAAGUGACGGAAGAAAUCGGAAAGACAAAUUCGUCGGAGAAGAGCGAAACUUGACACCUCUUGGAACAGUGUUACACAUUUAAAUUUACGUACAUAGUAAAGUGUGCGACUGGUUACGUGCAAUUCUGCGAAUGGCCGAGUCGUCGCAACGCAAAAAGGUAUGCGUGAUAGGAGCUGGCGCAGCCGGCUUGUGCGCUGCCAGACACUUGGCACCCAAUUCGAAAUUCGAGUUUCAAGUUUACGAGCAGACGAGCGAGAUCGGAGGCACAUGGGUUUAUAAAGAGGCAACAGGGAUCGACGAAAACGGCUUGCCCGUUCACUCGAGCAUGUACCGAGACUUAAGAACCAAUUUGCCAGCGAAAAUUAUGAAUUUCCCUGAUUAUCUGGAGAUGAACGCCGUGGAACCUUGUUGCGUGUCGCAUCAGGAGGUUCGAAGUUAUUUACAAAAAUACGCGGAGCAUUUUGAUCUGCUUAGACACAUUCAGUUCGGUAAAAGAGUAGAGUCCGUUCGAUUAGAAAUUUCACCCGAUGGUGCAGAGAAAUGGAUGGUGCGUAUAAAAGUGGUUAAAACGAAGCGCGAGGAAGAGGCUACUUUCGACGCUAUAAUGAUCUGUAACGGACAUUACUUUGAUCCUUACGUACCAACGAUACCAGGAAUCGAAACUUUCCCGGGCACGAUAAUCCACAGUCAUUCGUACAGAAAACCGGAAGAUUUUUCUGGGAAGAGCGUGUUGAUUCUAGGAGCAGCUUCUUCCGGAGUUGACAUCGCGUUAGAUUUGUCUAAUCACGCGUCUCGAGUAUAUUUGAGCCACAAUAACGAAAGGUUGAAUAAUACAUUACCACAGAAUCUGACGGAAGUGUCAGGCGUGGAAAGAGUAGAAGGAACAAAAAUAUUUUUAAAGGACGACAGUUCCGUUAUAGCAGACGCAUUUAUGUUCUGCACCGGAUAUCGGUUCAGCUUUCCGUUUCUGAACGCGGAUUGUGGCGUAAAGGUGGAGGACAAUUUUAUAACUCCGCUGUACAAGCACUUGAUUAACAUUGAUCAUCCUACAAUGUGUAUCGUCGGAGUGCCUACCGUCGUAGUUCCAUUUCCCAUGUUUCACGUGCAAGUACAAUAUUUUCUCGCACUCUUAGAGAACAGAGUAAGUUUGCCAUCGAAAUCGAUCAUGUUGGACGACUCGCAACUGAAGACAAUUAAAAAGAGACACGCGCAUAAAUUGAGUGACAAACAAUGGGCAUACAACGAUUCGUUAGCGGACGCCGGUGGUUUCGAGCGUUUACCAAAGUUUUACAAGCUGGGAUACGAAGCGUGGUGGGCUCAAAGGAAGAGGAAUCUCUUGAACUACAAAAAGGCCAGAUUUCUAUUGUCCCAGGAUAAAGAGACCGUCGAAGUAAUUUUACCGAAUGGAAAUUAAAUAUCCAGGUAUGAAACACUGAUAAAUUCGUUACAGAAGGCAUCGAAUCGAGGGAUGUCGAUUCGUUUUAUUCGAAACGAUUAUCUGUUUUGUGUUAUGAAUACCGAAAUCGAUUACAGUCGAUGUCACUUGAAUGAACCAAUUGUUAAAUUUAACAGCUUCAAAUAGAUUUAUUAAAAACCGAAUAAUAAGUGCAUAAAAGCUGACAAUGGAAUAAAAUUGUUAAAUCGUG